GUCAGAGCAGCAUGGAGCGCUGAGCUGCGGAGACGUUUUACUUUAUAAAAUGUCUCUCGGUCCGGAUCCAGAUCUUUUGAGCGGCUUGUUCGCGACCGACACAUCACUGGAGGGAGGGAUGUGUCUCAAGUGGUUCGAAGGAAAGACAAAUUAACUUUUAGUGGUAGUCUUUGGGGUACAAUUUCAUGUUUAACUUGUUUGAUGAAUGUUUGAUGAAUGCUGUUUAUAAUUUUAUUUACCUGUAAUUAAGCCUGUUAUUUUAGCACGCGCAGCAUUUCGCCCCGUCUUCCCGCCGGCGCCGCGCGUUCAUCCGACAUUUCCUGCCGUAUUUUACAUACUUGAAUUCCUGCUUCGUUUUUAUAUUUUAUGUAUCGUACAGAAUAAUAGCUUUCAGGCUAACAUGCAUUUGGGUCCCCAGCGAGUCUCUCAGCGCGGCGUGUCUCACAGCGCAGGGGGCAGCCGGAGCGCCGCAGACUCGGGCGGCUACAUGAGUAUAUUGGGAAUAAAAUACUCCUGCCAGCUAACGCUGGACCCCAACACAGCACACAGAUACCUGUCUCUGUCAGAGGGGAACAGGAAGGUGACACUGGGGGCAGAGCAGCCAUAUCCUGAUCAUCCAGAGAGAUUUGACAGAUGGUACCAAGUUCUGUGCAGAGAGAGUCUGACUGGUCGCUGUUACUGGGAGACUAAGUGGAGUGGAGAAGGAGCUGAAAUAGGAGUAACUUAUAAAGGAUUCGAUAGGAAAGGACGCAGUGCUCACUGUAAGCUUGGAUACAAUGACAAAUCAUGGAUGCUGUUCUGCUCUCCUCACAGUUACUCUGUCUGGCACAAUAAGAAAGAGACUGACAUAUUCAUAGAGCCCUCAGAAUCCCGCAAAGUAGGAGUGUAUCUGGACCGGGCGGCUGGUACUCUGUCCUUCUACAGAGUCUCCUCUGAUGGACUGACUCUCCUAUACAGCUUCACCUCCUCAUUUACUGAACCCCUCUGUGCAGGGUUUUGGGUUUAUCCAAACUCCUCCAUGUCGCUGUGCAUGCUGGGAUAGCUCACUGUGUGCUGGAGGAAUCAUUUUUACCUUAUCAGAGUGUCACAUGUCGCUGCUUCUCCGUGGCAAAAAGGUAAAAUCUCUGCUUUAUAACCAGUAUAAUCCUUUUUACUCGGAAGUGUGACGUAUGUUAGGCAAAAAUAAAUGACUGGGUUCGGAAAAUUGAACAAACAUGCAAAAUGUUUGUUUUCUCUCUGAUUAAAAUGUAAUGAAAUGUAA